AUGUAAUAAUAAUAAUCUAAUCAAGAAAUAGCUCAAACAGAGAGAUAAUGUUAUGUGAAACUACCAUCGAUUGCUUAAUGCAGAUAAUCGAUUAAGAGCAUAAUGUCAGAGGCAGAAUUGAUAUCGAAAUCUUCAGUUAAUAAUAACACUCGAUGUGUGAAUGCUAAGGGAGAGCGGAUAUUAAGAAAGGAACUCAAGAUUCAUUCUUCAAUCAUUGAAUUUAAACAGAACUUUAAAAAUAUGAUAACGAAUUCUAAAUAUGGUUUGCAAUAUAUGAAAAGAAAGGUUUUCCCUAAACUAUAACCACUUUGA